AUAAAAAGUUAUUCAGUUUUUAGGGUGAGACGUCUCCCAUUGGUCAGUUUUUGCAGUAUGCAAAUAAGGACAGCUACGUCAGAUCCUGAACUUGAGCGCCAUAUUUUUCCUCAAUAGGGGAAGAAAGGGACAAAAGCGGACCAAAAAUAAUUUAUCUGCGGAGGUGAUUCGUAAACACCACCUUUCGUAUUGUGCUGCGUUCUUCCUACAGCGGUGUAUGUAGACACGGGAUGCUUCGCGGAUAAGUGUAUGUGUGCAGCACCAGCAGCGGACGCAGCUUGUCGACACACACAGUUGCGGGCCGGUGGAAGUGGAAAACGUCGGAGGCGGCAACGCAACAACUAACGUUAACUGGAAAAUCAGACAGGGUUUGCAAGGUAUAAUGUAUCAGGUUCCAGUGGGAAAUAUUGACAAGAUCAGAAAGGCACGCAAGGCGGUGAAAAACAUCCUUAGUGAGAUUGGCCUGGAAGACUGCCAGAACCUGCUGAAGGAUCUCAAUGAAAAGUCUGAGAAAAACCCAGAUGAAGACGAGGCCUUUCAGGAUACUGAAUGGGUUGAUUUCACAGAUGGAUACAGUACAAGACAACAGAAAAAGUGGCCUUAUCGGUCUCGAUCUCUGUGCUGUAACCUGUGCAAAUACUCUUCACACAACAUCUACAACUUCAGGAGUCACGUCUCUCGCUGCCAUGGAUAUGUUCAGUCAUUCUGUGCGCUGGCGCCCUGCUCUCAAUGCCUCUUUGUCAGCCACCCCAAGAUUGUCAAGAAGCACAUGUUGUUCUUCCAUGCCAAACUUGCCUUGCCAAGCACCCAUAUACAGUCACAGAGGGAAGCCUCUUUACCCACCCAUCGCGGAAACGAGAGGUACCAGUGUAGAAGAUGUGGAUUUCCAACCUCUUCUAUCUUUGCGAUGAAGAAGCACAUUAUACUGAAACACCUGGACAGUUUGGCAGAACAGUAUAUAGGUUACAGAUUACAUCUUCAAGGGACUACGUCUGUAAAGAUCUACUGCUGCAAAGUGUGCAAGGUGAACGCUGGAAAUCUAGACCAAAUGUUGCAUCACAUGCUGGUUGAGCCAUCGCACUAUUCAGUCAGCACACAAGUGCAGAGCAUGAUUCAUGAAAACAAAAACUACACCAUUAAACCAACACCCAAUGGGAAUGGCGUGUUUGUGACCUUCCCAAGUAUCGCUCCUAAACCACAGCAACCUCAAAUGUUCAACAGUAAGUCCUUGGUUUUACCAAGUAAUGGCCAACCUCCUGGAACUGUGGUGACAUUACAGCAGCUACAAGGAACUACAAACAGUACUACUCUAAUAUGUGCCCCGGGAACCAACCAAGCUUUUCUGCCCCCUCAAGCAUCAGCGCUAGUGCAGCUAGCUAGUGCUGAGGCUAAAGGUUUGCUUCAGCCUGGUGCCACGAUAGCCCUUCGAAGUACUUUGCCCCAAGGGCCGUCUAUGGUCCAGCUACCCACUGUGUCUAAUGUGUCUUUGAAAAAGGCACCAGUGGCUCUAGCCCCCGCCCCACUACAGCAGACUCCACAAACGCAGCAGAUCCUUGUUCCAUCAGGACUACAGGCCAAUAUGACAGCUGGAACUGGGGCUGUACCUAAGCCUGCUGUGGUUACACAAAAUGCAUCAACAAACCAAAUCACCCUACAAGGUACCAUGCUGACUUCACAGUCUCUGCUGAGUCACCUGAUCCCAACUGGCAACAGGGUGAAUGGCAUGCCCACAUACACUUUUGCUCCACUGCAAGUAGCAAUGCCUGUCUCUCAAAGCACAAGUACCCCUCUCAAGACUGUUGAGCAAACAAGUAACUCCUUACCACAAACUAAGAAAUGGAUUACCUGUCCCCUCUGCAAUGAACUUUUCCCUUCCAAUGUCUUUGACAUGCAUACAGAGGUUGCUCACCAGACAAAAUCUGCUACAUCCAAGUCAGAAAGUGUGGCUGCACGAGCAGCCUUCCUAAAGAAAAUGCCAGACAAAACUGUCAAAUGUCUAACGUGCAAAAUUCUUCUGUCAGAAAAGAGUGUCUUCCAACACCUGCUGCAUGGGCUGAAUUGCUUGUACUGCUCUGCUUUGUUUUUUUCAAUCAAACAGCUUGCUGAGCAUGUGAAGCAGCACAAUCCCACAAGCAAAGCAUACUGUGAUUUCCUAAGGCAGAAGUACAGGGUUUACUCAAAAGGUGUUGGCGGAAUCCUGUUCCCUUACUUUGACGUCAACACCACUGCACCAAAAGAGGUCCUCGGAGACACAGAGGUCAAUCUUGCUCUGGUCACAAAUUCCCUCGACCUGAUCUUCUUUAAGUUGCAGCCCAGCAGCCAGCCAGAUAUCUGUCCAGCACCUGUGAAAGUCAACAGUGCGUACUGCCCUUUCUGUGAUGAAAAGUUUCAGAAUGAAUCCAAACAUCUACAGCACCUGAAACAGAAACACUUUGUAGCACCUACCAUUCAUGCCAUCCUCAAGACAGAGGCAUUCAAGUGCAUAUACUGCAAUGGAGUGUACACAGGAAAGGUUACCCAGCAGGCUGUGAUGCUUCACAUUCAGCGAUGCCGUUGUUCACCAAAACAACCACCGCCAACCAAACCUACAGCACUGCCACCACCACCGCCACCACCACCACAGCCACCACCACAGCCACCACCACCACAACCACAACCACAACAUCAACCACAACCACAGCAGCCUCCAAAACCGGCUCAGCAGCUCAUUCAGCCAUCCGGACUCUACUUUCUUCAAGUGCCACAAGGGCUGACUAUGAAACCGACUUUAGCUCCAGCGCGUGUGAUUCCAGCUCCACCCAGGGCAGAGCCUCUAGAAACAGAAGCAGAGCUGCAGUCCAAGAAGAGACUUGAGGCCGCAUUGAGGCAGGUCAUCGAGGCCAACAAACGAGAACGAGAACAAAGGGCAGCCAUACGCAAGAAGCGAGAGCAGGAGAAGUUGCCCCCGCCGGAGCCUGAGAUUCAGAGCGAACCCCCAGUGAAGCUGGUUUUGGAGCCUACCCCGGUUGAGCGCCGCUGCAACGAGGAGCGCAGAGACUUCAUAUCUAAAUACUUCAACCUGAACCCCUACGCGACCAAAGCCGAGACUGACGAGCUGUGCAGGAGGCUGUCACUCACCAAGGCAGAGCUGGCAGCCCUCUUCAGCAAGAAGCGCAGCAAGUGCAUGAAGAGUCUCAAGAGGAACACGACUGCCAUUCUCCUCGGCUUCAACAUGACUGAACUGAGCAAACUUAAGCACAACCUUGCCGUCCCAGAACAGCAGCCUGCCGAUCCCACAGAGCAGCCGCCCGCCGAUACAACAGAGCAGAUGGGAAACAGUGAGGAUGGACCAGAACCUAUGGAUCACAGUGGAAAUGACAAAGUUACAGAGGAAGUGGAUCAGAUGGAAUGAGUUCAGAAAUAUUUGAAAAUGUAAUCAUCUGAAAACAGCAAAUAAUUAAAAUGCAGGUGUCCAUGAUUAAAAACAGAACAAAACCCUGAAACUUUAAUGAUGGCCUUUUGUGUUAACAGUCACUGGAGAAGUUUAUCAUGUACUGGAUACAGUGUAUUACCAACAUACACCUGUACCUGAGGGCAAUUUCUUAAUGUAGCCUUCAUUAAUAGUGCUUCAUUUGACUUCAGUAUGUUGUUAGUGGCUCUUGUCCUAAUUUCCACAUGAAUGCAGAGCCAUCUUGUGAUGCUCCCUAAUAUAUAUAAUAUAUAAUACAUAAUAAUUAAGAUUAUGGUGUAGACUGUUGAGCUGCAACAGCAUUUAGCUGGUUACAAUCUCUCAUUCUCCCGUGGCUACUGACUUCAACAUAAGCACUCGUUUGUGCCCAGUAGCUCCUCUUUUGCACCCUUUAUUUAAGCCCUUUUGUACAAAAUUGUUUUUUUCAUUUGCAAAUAUCAAGACUUUGGUGCGCACCUCAAUAUGGAGUUGAGUUAUUACAUUAUGCUUUCCUUCACAAAUGGAUUUUUUUUUUUUUUUUUUUACAUAUUUGGACCUAUUUCUGUCAAGUGCACGGCUUCAUUAUUUUGUUUUCUCACUCGUUUUUUGUUUUGUUUUUCUCUGUAUUGAAACAGUUAAAGGGGAAAUGUCUCCUGCUCACCAGCUACCAAAAAUCGUUUAGGUGGAUGUUCAUCUUGCAGUUUUGAAGCCAAAUUCUUAAGAAUGUAUAAAUGUUUGAGCUAUGAAGUUGCUGGAAUCCCAGAAUUCAUGAGCACUUGGUUAUUAUAAAGCUCCAACCAUGUUGCUUGCAUGAGCCUUUGUUUUGUUGUCAGAUAAAAUUUUAAUUUGUGCCAUCGUGAAGUCUACAUAUUUGCAUAGACUUGUGGAAAUUAGACCUAUAAACCUAGAGAUUCAGCAAAACAUAAAAUGUGUUAUUGGGUGUUGAUUCUGUCACCAUACAUCUUCUGUUCUCCUGACUGCUGUUUUUUGUACUAUACUUACAUUUUCUAUAAUUCCUAGAGGAUCAAAAAUGUUGGGAGAGGUAAAAAUUCUGUCUAAAACCACUGUGUUGUUAAUAAUAAAGUGGUUUCCUUUUA